GUAACGAGGGGGCGGGGCCUGCCUGGUGUCACGUGAUAGCGCCCCUGCGCUGCUCGAGCGACGGGAACGGAACUGAAUCACCGGACAAACCCGCUCCAUUUACCGGCCCAGCGCGAUCUUCCGCCUCCCGCGACGCGUUCCAGCAGCGGCAGCAUCAUGUCGGCGGUGCAGCGGAUGAAAGUAGCGAACGAGAAACACAGCAAGACGAUCACACAGAGAGGACACGUGCAGAAGACCACGCGUGUGGUGAAUGAGGAGAAGUCUCCGGUGGGUCCGUGGCUCCUCACGCUUUUUGUGUUUGUGGUCUGUGGAUCAGCGAUCUUCCAGAUCAUCCAGAGCAUCAGACAGGGCUUGUGAGCGUGCGUCUGCGCUCACGGUCGUCCUCUUCCUCUCUUCAUCUCUCGGUUCUUUACAGCUGGUUUAUCAUCAGAAGUCAUCUGAUCCUGUACAUCUGUGUCUCUUCCUCCCUCUGACGGGAGAUUAAUGCUGUGUAAUAAUGAUUUUAUACAAAUAAAAAGUAUUUUCUCUA